UUUAUUCCCACUUGACAGUUAAAGUGUGUACAAGAUUUUUAAGUGUCUUGGAAACAGACAACCCCAUCAGUAUUUUUUAAGCUUAGCUAUGCAACCGAAACUACCGUAUUCUUCGAAUGUAUUGGCAUGAUAUUUUAAUCUAGUAUUCUUGGCUGUUAUCAAACAUGGAUAGUUGUCACAAGCUGCAAAUUGAUGAGGCCGAACGUCGAUUUCAACUAGAUUUGGAGAAAGCUAAAGCUUUGUCUUUGGAAACAGCAGCAUUGGACAAAUUCAGACAAGAAAAGCUUAAAGAGUCGGCCCCAGUCCCUCGUACCAGUCGAGAGCCCAGCCCUGUCUAUGCCACAGUUGGAGCAAAGAGUGUUAGUUCUUCUCGGAGUCCAUCAAUGGAAUCAUCUUCUCCAAGAGUUGAGAUCAAACCCAGACCAAGACCUGGUGGCUCCAACACCCAAACAUUGGGACUAGUUCCUCCACCAAUCCCUAGAAGACAACUGUCACAAUCCCCGAUUUCAAAUGAUCUGAUUAAUUUGAUGUCACCAGUCAGGGCCCAAUCUGCAAACCCUGAAGACUCAUUUCUUUUUCAAGAACUAGAUUUGGCCUUUCCAAACUUGAAUGGACCACCUAACAGAUCCAGUCGUCAUGCAGUCUUCAUACCUAAUAAUCAUACAUCAUUUCAAAGUAUGCCGCAACAUCUGAUUAAACCGUUACCAACAAGUCCAAUACUCCCUCCACCAGUAACUCCAACACCUAAGCUCAACACAGUCACAAGGGGACCUGUUUCAUUUGAUGAAAGCAUGUUCAAUCGGAAUCUUAUUGAUUUGGCUGUCGAAACCACUCAUCCUCGUUACAGCAUUCUCCGAGCUUUUGAUCCUCUGCUCAAUUCUAACCCAAUACCAGAGCAGAUGGUGACUCCCGUUACUUGUAGCACUUCUUCAACAGAAAAGAAUAAGACAGACGAUUUUUUUCUCGAUCAAGAUUAUGACCCGUUUGACUAUUUUCUCGGCUUGAGCCAGAGAUCAUUUGAAGAUCCAUCUACGGCUCACGCCAGUAGCAUUCCCGAAACGAUCUACGAAGUGCUGACGAAAGAGCAAUCGCCUGUCAAACCAGCCACAACGUCAAACAAAAGACAGUCUAUUGUCCCACCAGCACAUAAAAAUAAGGAUACAUCUCUAAAGGUAAUAGUGGCCGGAGUUGACACCGGUGCCGGAGACUUGGGGCUGGUCACGUUUGUCAACCUAGUUCGUGAAGUUCGAUCACGAUUCAGAUAUGAUGAAACUGAAACCAAUGCAGGUUACGUGACUAGCCCAAUGGUGGCUUCAAGUUACACCGAAUCCAUAUCGGUUAAAUUGGCGGUACAUUUAUCAAUGGACCAUCCAAUAAUCAACUUCACAUGUGAUAUUAGCAGUCGAGUGGAUCAUGUAAUCAGCCACGUAGUUUGUGAGUUGGGUGCCACUAGCCAACUCAAGCCGGAAGAAUAUGCGCUUAAAGUUUGGGGCAUGGCUGAAUUUUUAUUGCCUAAAUCGUGCCUUUGCGACUACGAAUACGUGCACCACUGUAUCAAGCUGGAGAAGGAUGUGUUAUUGUGUUUGCUCCACGUUGAUGAAGUGCCCAAACCUUUGCUACGUACUGCUGAGGACGACAUCAAGGAUGUCCAAAUUCAGGUUGAAGAUCUAUUGUCGAGAGAACCAGCUGACGCGCUCACUCACGCUUCGAUCGCCGUUCUUAUUGAUACGAUACACGGAGAGAUCGACCGUCUCUUAGCAAACUUUAGCCCGACACAACCAAAAGCCUUGCUUCAAUCUGUCAAAGCUCUCUGCGCGUUGCUGGGCUGUAUAGAAACUACAGACCUAACAAUGGCCUUAGAUAAUAUUGUAUUUACUUGUAAUAACUCUAACACGAGAGGUUCGAACCGGGCUGAAAUCGUCGGUGAAGACGGCCCUUAUUCCAUGGUAGUCCUACCUGGUCAAAAUCGCUUGCGGACUAAUUGUGUUGAACUUAUCGUUGCCAUUCGUAAACUUAUGAGUGCUUACACUUACGCCUUCCGUGUUAAUUUUGCUCUGCCCCCUGCACCUGAUUCUGUCAAAAUUUACGAAUCGUCUGGAGUUCUAGACUGCGUCGGCUUCCGCGUAGGUGCUCUGCAUCGACUGGAAUCCACCUGGAAUUUCGACACGUAUGAAGUGAGGAUCGAACUUUUGCAUGGUGUUACGUCGGUCGGUCGUAGCCAAUUAGUGUUCGGUACAGCCAGUACCCGAUCAGCCGUCUUCUUCCCGAACCGGGUCGUCUUUGACGAAGUGAUCAGUUUCAGUAGCGUGGCGAUUUGUACUCUGCCCCGUGAAUCACGCCUUGUUCUUACCGUCUAUGGCCGAAGGAAAAAGGCGGAUGGUGAUCCAGGAAAUGGGUCAGAAGCCGAGCACGUCGAACUUGGCUGGACAGCACAGAAUUUUUUCCGUUACGGUGAUCCAAAUUGGACGCUCGAACAAGGUAAUCGCCUUCUUCCUUUAUGGCCUCCAGCUUCGGACAAACGCUCUGGCUACGUACCCACAGCCGGACGCCAUCCUCGUGGCCAUCUAACCCCAUUGCUUAGCAUAGAAAUGCCUGAUUUGGAUGAUGCUGACAUCCAAUUUCCACAAGUUGAACCCAUUCCGAUUGGCGAACUGCGUGAUUUUAGUGCUUUAGAUGAUAAUACGCAACGCUCUCUAAUGGAUAUAAUCCGCAGCGGAUCCUUUGCCAAGAUGGAUCUCUAUCAACGCGAGCUUUUAUGGGAGAAACGCCAUUAUUUGACGGAAGAACCUGCAGCAUUAACCAAGGUGCUUCAGGUGGCCCAGUCAUGGGAUUGGGCAAGUCUGUCAGACCUUUAUGGCUUGUUACAAUCAUGGAAAGCUCUAAAACCACUGGAAGCGCUUCAAUUACUUCUACCUUGUUUUCCGGAUAUUGAAGUCCGUCGCUGCGCUGUCGAAUGGCUUCGUCCCAUCUUGUCCGACGAUCUGGUGGAUUACCUACCCCAGUUGGUGGAGGCCUUGAAACUGGAACCUUUCGAUCAUUCACCUCUGAUGGUGUUUCUACUCGAACGAUCCUUAAGCUCGCCACAAGUAGCUCAUUCGCUUUACUGGCUCCUCGUCCAACAGCUACCUGGACCCAGUCCACAGAAUUCUGAUUUCGCGGAAGCUUAUUUCGAAGGGGCUGAUCCGCGUUAUUCUGGCAGGUUGCAGUUGUUGUUGCGUUCAGUUCUGGCGACGUGCGGAGCCGCCUUACGCCAUAGAUUCUUCAGCGAGCAGAUGCUUGUUCAGCAACUUGAUUCGUGCGCCGAAGUAGUUAAAUCGACCAAAGAAUCGCAACGCCUCAGCACUCUGCUUCGCGAAUUAGAGCCAAUUCACUUUUCACUUGAGAACAAUCCCACCUCUCUUCCUAUUGGUCCCAGUCUCCAGGUUAACGGACUAGAAGUCCGUCAAUGUUCGUAUUUUCCAUCCAACACGCUUCCACUCAAAUUAGCUUUCCACUCGGCAGAGCCUGAAGUGAAUGAGAAUUCUCGUGUCAGCGCAAUGUACAAGGUUGGCGAUGAUCUGCGUCAAGAUAUGCUCACCCUCCAGAUGGUACGCAUUAUGGACAAAUUGUGGCGAAAGGAUGGCCUUGAUCUGAAAAUGGUCACCUUCAGUUGCGUUCCCACCGGACCUAGACGAGGGUUUGUCGAGCUCGUUACCGGAGCUGAAACUCUGAGGCGGAUUCAAAUUGAACACGGGUUGACGGGCUCGUUCAAGGACCGGCCGAUCGCUGAUUGGCUGGCUAAGCACAAUCCCUCACCACUCGAGUACGAGAGAGCUGUGCACAACUUUACGGCUUCUUGCGCCGGCUACAGCGUGGCCACUUAUGUCUUUGGCGUUUGUGAUCGGCAUAACGACAACAUCAUGGUCAAGUCCACCGGCCAUCUCUUCCACAUUGAUUUCGGCAAAUUCCUCGGUGACGCGCAGAUGUUUGGCAAUUUCAAGAGGGAUCGCACUCCGUUUGUUUUAACAUCCGAUAUGGCUUACGUCAUCAACGGCGGCGAUAAACCGUCGCAGAAAUUCCAACACUUCGUCGAUUUAUGUUGCCAAGCAUUCAAUAUCGUCCGGCAGCACAGCAAUUCUCUGCUUCAUUUGCUGGCGUUGAUGGCCACCUCUAAUAUCCCCGGCGUCAACGCCGACGCCAUCGGCUAUGUGCAAAAGGCAUUGCUCCCGGACAAAUCCAAGGCAGAGGCUGCUGCCUUCUUUGCGCGCAUGAUUGAGGAUUCACUUCGUUCCUGGUUCACCCAAUUCAAUUUCUUCCUUCACAAUCUGGCUCAGCUACGUUUCCAUGGCGACCAUAACGACGAUGAUCUUCUAUCGUUUGUUCCAAAGACCUUCACUCUCGCCACCGAUGGUCGAAUAACUGAGGCUCGAGUAGUCGGCUUCCAAAAGCGCUAUGAUCCAGAAAAGUACUACGUCUUCAUCGUGAGCCUGCGACGUGAAAAACAAUCCGAACACAUGUACUUGUUCCGCACUCAUCGGGAGUUUUCUGAACUCCAUCAGAAAUUAUGUCUCCGCUUUCCGUUGGUUUCCAAUCGCAUUUUGAGCUUGUCGAAAGGCGUUUAUCUAGGUCGUAGUUCAGUCAAAGCUGUAGCUGAGAAGAGACGAACCGAACUGGACCAGUUUCUCACGAGUUUAUUCCAGUUAGCUCCCGAGAUCUGUCACUGCGACCUCAUCUACACUUUCUUCCAUCCGCUGUUGCGCGAUCAGGACGAAGAGGCCAAUGUUUAUGUCACCAAAUGGCGCAACAAGUCCACUGCGAGUCGCAGUGUCUCCAACGCCAAUGGUCACGUACAAGGCGAGUUGAAGCUAUCGAUCCAGUAUACCAGAGGCGAAUUGCAUGUAAUGAUCCAGCAUGGUCGCGAUUUAGUAGGCGGCAACACGGCAAAUUCAGUCAACAAUGCCGCAGUCGAGUUGCCAUGCCCUUAUGUCAAGACGUACCUAUUACCGGACAUGCACAAGAUCACUAAGCGUAAAACACGCGUCAUCCGUCGCAAUAUUCAUCCGACUUUCAUGGAAAUGCUUGUGUACCGCAUGCCGCUUGAGAAUAUCCAGAAGCGCCUGUUGCAGGUGUCCGUUUGGAGUUAUGACCGAGUCCAGGAGAACCAAUUUCUAGGUGCGAUCAAUAUCCCCCUCGAGUCACUCGAUCUUACCGAAGAGCAUGUUGCCUGGUAUCCUCUGGGUCAUCUUCACAUGUGAGACACAGAAAUCACGUUUUCUACCUAUACAUAUUUGACGACCUGGUGGGCCUACUAUUCCUGCUGCUUCUUCUGUGUGUUAUUAUUCCGUUGCUUGUUUCAAUCUCAUUAACAGGGAAAAAAAAUCGUGAGCUAGAAAACGCGAAACAUAUUUACCGUAAAAACAAAAGAAAACAAGAAAUAUCUAAUCUUUUUUUUUUUUUUUAAACUUCUUAUGUAUUUUUAAAGGUUGUGCAGUUCUGAAUAGUAUCUGCACUUUUUAAAACCAAUAUUCUCCGCCGUUCCGUUCUUGCAAUGAAGUUGAUAAAGAAAAUAUAUGUCUAGUUUUAUUUUUUCCUUCUUUAGCGAAAUGCUCGGUAUUUUCUCAACUCCCCCGCUCUCCAAAAAUAAAAUUGGAACCCAUGUCUAUGAAUAAA